GCAUGCCGUAUUCCCCUCGAAUGGAACGAAGUAACGAAUUUUUGGUUGUAUUAAAUUUGUAGAAUAUCGUUCACACGCCAUCUGUAAACCUGUAUUUAGAGAUAAUUCGGUAAUCGAACCAUGAAUGGGGCUGUUGAUCGGCGGAAAAGUAUCAUGUUUGACAUAUGGCACAAUUUAUUUUACAUCAUUCCAAUCAAGCGUAAAACACGGAAUGUAUGAUUUUUUAAAAUACAAAUCAGUGCAAUUAUACUUGAGAUAUAAUAUAAAAAUAAAUAGUAUAAAAUGAAGCUUGUAUCAAAGUAUAUUGAUAAAGAUAGAAAAGGGAGUGUGACCCUUGUCCCAGAAAAUACAGAAGAUAUGUGGCAUGCAUAUAAUCUAAUUAGUGAAGGAGAUCUUAUUACUUGCUCUACUAUUAGGAAAGUGCAAACAGAAUCUGCAACUGGUAGCUCUAAUAAUUAUAGGGUGAGGACUACCCUUACUAUAUCUGUGGAAGGCAUUGAUUUUGAUACACAAGCAUGUGUUUUAAGACUGAAAGGUAGAAAUGUAGAAGAAAAUAAACAUGUUAAGAUGGGAGCAUAUCACACAUUGGAUGUAGAACAAAAUCGAAAAUUUACAAUUAGUAAAAUUAAAUGGGAUUCUAUUUCUUUGGAAAGAGUUGAUACAGCAUGUGAUCCUACACAGAAUGCAGAUGUUGCAGCUGUGGUGAUGCAAGAAGGCAUAGCGCAUAUUUGUUUAAUAACUUCAAAUAUGACAAUAGUACGUGCUAAAAUAGACCAAGUUAUUCCUAGAAAAAGGAAAGGAAACGUUUCACAGCAUGAAAAGGGUUUAGCAAGAUUUUAUGAUAAUAUAAUGCAAGGAAUCUUGAGACACAUCAAUUUUGAUAUUGUGAAAUGUAUUAUUCUUGCUAGUCCUGGUUUUGUUAAAGAUCAGUAUAUGGAUUACAUGAUACAACAGGCCAUUAAAACAGACAACAAAGUAAUAUUAGAAAAUAAGGGUAAAUUCUUACUUGUCCAUUCGAGUUCCGGUUUCAAACACUCGUUAAAAGAGGUUCUGGCUGAACCAGCUGUCAUCUCUCGAAUCUCUGAUACGAAGGCAGCAGGCGAGGUGAAAGCUUUGGAAGCAUUUUAUACAAUAUUGCAAACUGAUCCUUCUAGAGCGUUUUAUGGAAAAAAGCAUAUUAAUAAAGCUAUCGAAUCACAAGCUGUCGAAACGUUGCUUAUCUCGGACAAAUUAUUUAGGUGUCAAGAUAUUGCUUUGAGAAAAGAAUAUGUUGAGAUAGUCGAAAGUGUAAGAGAGUCUAACGGGGACGUGAAAAUAUUUUCGAGUCUCCAUGUAUCUGGCGAACAAUUAGAACAAGUUACGGGCAUAGCAGCUAUUCUACGUUUUCCUAUGCCAGAAUUAGAAGAUGAAAGUGAUGGUGAAAGCGAUUCAAACGAAGAUGAUUAAAAAGGUUAAUACAAUGUGCUAACGUAUAACUUUGUAUAUAAUUUGUGCUG